CCUUUUUACCUACUUUAAUAUUCUGCGCAGGAAAAUAUGACGACAGACAGACCAUUGAGUCCACCCCCUACACCUCAUUGGAGUGAAUCGGAACAGAGCAUGUAUCCUAGUCCAACCUCGUCCUCAUCCAAUCCCAGAAUCAAACGUAGACCGAGUUUGAAAGCAUCCUAUUCAUCAAAAAGCACAUCGAUUCGUGAGAACGUCCAAGUCAUGGUGCGUUGCAGACCACGAUCGGUAAAAGAAAUGACACAUAAUGAAGAAGCCUGUUGGUCUAUCCAGCCAGAGGAUGGUUCAAUUGAGUUGGCUUGUUUAAAUUCACUUCCCACCAUUCGAACGUUUCAUUUUGGUAAUAAGCCCUCUUCCACCCCUGUACACACAUAGACACGUAUCUUUAUUGACUCUAUUAUUAGAUAAUGUACUUAUGGGUGUAGAUAAUGAACAAGUUUAUAAAGCUGGUAUUUUAGACCUUGUCCGAUCUGCAAUGAUGGGAUAUAAU